AUGGCAGAAGAUUCGCUCGCAAUUUUGCCCCGGAGCAUGGGCCAACAACCCUUGCAGAAAAAGAAGGCAGCUCCGAAGCGGUUCAUUCCCUCGCAGAAAGGGGCUCUAAUCACGGAGAACCCGAAUGAAGAGGAAUGCCCCUACACCUUCUCGGACAGUGCCGCCUUCUUGCGGCAGAAGAAGGCGGAGGAGGAUGCCAAGCGCGCCGCCGAGCUGGAGGGCAAGGAAGAGACCAGGGGCUUCUUGCGCAGCGUGGAAGAGCUGGCAAGAAAGCAGAAGUGGGACGAAGCUUUCCAAGUCUUAGAAAAGCGGACCGCGGUACCCAGUGGCUUGUUCCUGGUUACGCGGGCUCUACUGCGCUGGAAGUUUUGCCAGUACGGCUCUGCCCUGAAAGAUGCCGAGGAGGCGUUGAAAAACUACGGCAGCUCCACCAAGGCCGGCCCCCUUGCAGCGGCCUUUGCCUCUUUCGCACGCUUGUGCUUGGGCUCGGAAGUCCGGGACAAGGGCUCCUGUUCCAAAGAGAUGCGGCCUCUCCUGGAGUCUUGGGAGAAGGCCGAGGAGGCAGCGCUUCGACAGCACGCCUUGGGCCAGGGUCUGUUCAAGCCGCGGCAGCAGCAAAGACUGCAGGAUCUCGGCUGUCCAGUGGAAGGCAUGGAGGCCGCCGAUGGGACCUACCCCGUCGGAGGCGGCAUUCGCCUCGGGUACAUCUUGCUGAAGAACCAGAAAGAUGUCACCGCCCCUGUGGUCGUCCACUUCCACGGCAGCGGCGAGAUUGCAGCCGACUACCUGCAGCCGCAACUUGCGGAGAAGUACCGGGAUCUCCCAGUGCACCUCUUGGUAGCAGACUACCGUGGCUACGGCUGGUCUUCCGGUGAGCCUUCGCUGGCAACCUUCCUCAAAGAUGCAGAACCUUUGGCAGAACAACUGCCGGAGCUUUUCGUGCAGCAUGGCCUCUCCUGGCCCUAUCCGGGUGGCAUCAUCCUGUCCGGAAGGUCGCUGGGCGCGCAGGUCGCGGUCCACCUUGCUGCAAUGUUUCCCAGUCUUUUCAGGUCGAUGAUCUUGGAUUCUGCAGUUGCGACGUCGGCCACGGGCGAUCGGUUUGGCGAAGCUCGGCUGGCGGCAUUGAAGCAGUGGCACAAGGAGCUUGAGGUUUCGAAUCUUGAGGUUCUGCAGCCGCUCGAUGCCGAACUUUGGACACUGGGAGCACUAGACAAAGUUCGCGCAUUCAACGGGCAGCUUCUGCUCCUGCAUGGUUUGGCCGACGAACUGGUGCCAUACGAAGGUAGCGAGAGUCUUCAUGCCGCCGCCGCAUCACGCCAGAAAGAGGUUGUGCUGGUGAAGGAUGCUGGUCACAAUAACAUCGGCCAGUACCAAGACUACUGGCACGCAAUGCGGCGAUUUGCACUGAAGGUCCAACUGGACAGCACCCUGCCGUCCGUCGGUGGAGCAGUGGAGCACCUCUGUGCAGUCUGCGCGAAGCCUGCUACUUUCAAGUGUGGCCGUUGUCAGAAGGUCUGGUACUGCUCUCGGGCCCACCAGGCUGAGCACUGGAAGGUUCACAAGAAGACGUGCAACCCAGGCGAGGACGCGGUUUGUGUUAAGGUGGUGAAGGAAGGUAAUGCCUCUCUGAUUGCUAUCGUCUGUGCAGAAUUUUGUGGCUGCGAUGGUGAGUUGGACGCCUUCUCAGCCACGCUGGAUGCAGCCUCUGAGCAGGAGGAGCUCAGGGGCAUGUACAUUAGCUGGUACGCGGACUCGGAGGAACUCUCCACGGAGGUCUCCUCCAAGUUGGGCCAGGUUCGUGAUCGGCCCUCCAAGGUUCCGCUCUCUUCCUCUGAGUCCAAACACCAGAUCAGCUUCUUCGAGCACGUUAAGGCAGCCUUGGCCGUGGUGCCUUCGGACGAGGCCGCCUCUGAGACCUGGGUCUCCUUCUUAGCGCCGGGCCAGCUCUGGAGCCCCAGGUACACCUCUACGCUGCUCCCGUCCUUGCGCCGGGCGGCUGCGGAUGCACGCGUCACAGCGGUGCGCUGCAGUCGUUGGACGAGGUGUCCUGAUGCCAGCAGUUCGCAGGUAGAGUCUGCCGUAGCAGCGAAGACUGCGGAGAUCUCCCAGGCUUCAACGGCCGACCUGUUCACAUACUCCGUGCCUGUGAAGGUUUUGCAGGCUUUCUUGGAAGCCACGCCCUAUGCAACCUUGCAGAGCAGACUAUGCGCUCAUCGCUUCACGCACAAGAUGUCAAAUACCUUUGGCAAAAAGGCCAUCGAAGCGGCCAUACCAGAAGGCGAGUGGAUGCGAUCGGAGAGCAGCUCCCGGCUCCCUGUGCGGCCAGAGGUGGAUGGACGUGAUGCUGACGACCUCAGGCGCGGAAAGGAGCUGGUCAGCAACGCAUCGCAGAGGCUGAGCGGUGAAGCAGUCACGCCUUCCGAUCUGCCCACAAGGCUGACAGAUGCUCAGGAAGCGGCUGAGAUGAUCAGCAACCUCAGGAUCUCGAUCGAGAGACGAGUCAUCCUCAAGGCGGGCGAGACUCUGGGCGAGAAGGAGCUUCGAGAACUUGCCAUGGAUCUGGUGACUGAUGCAGUGACGGCUGCUGGGCUGGACCAGGUGAUUGGUAUACAGUCUUGGGCCAAGGAAACUGCGACAGAUUUUGCGAAGGCUGCCGCGCGAAAGUUUGACGUCAAGGUGCGCGAAGCCUAG